AUGGCCACGAAAUUAUCUCCCCAACUCAAGUGCUUGUCUCAGAAACUUCGCGCUCCUAGACUUGCCAGGGGAUUCUCAUUCACAGCGGAACAUCGAGGUACAUACGAAAGUACGAUUGCCAAUUUAAGCAUUGAUCAGAAUACCAGAGUGAUAUAUCAAGGAUUUACUGGUAAAGCAGCCACCAAAAAUGCACGAGACACAAUAGAAUAUGGCACGCAGAUUGUUGGAGGCGUCUCCCCUGGGAAAGGUGGUCAGGAUCACCUCGGCCUACCAGUGUUCGACACAGUACAAGAAGCCGUAAAGAAUUUGAAGCCACACGCAAGCGCAGUCUUCGUUCCUGCCCAAUUCGCAGCAGGGGCAAUCAUUGAAGCAAUUGAGGCUGAGAUUCCGCUCGUCGUUUCAGUUGCUGAACAUGUGCCCCUUCAUGACAUGGCUAGGGUUCAAGAGAUUCUCCGAACACAAAGUAGAACGCGACUUGUGGGACCUAAUUGCCCCGGAAUCAUCGCACCCGACCAAUGCCGCAUUGGCAUCAUGCCGUACAAGCAGUACACCAAAGGCGUUGUUGGGAUUGUUUCCAAAAGCGGAACGCUCAGUUACGAAGCUGUAGGAGCCACAACCAAAGCUGGACUUGGACAGAGUAUCGUUGUUGGAAUGGGAGGAGAUAUGAUGCCCGGUACUACACUUCUGGAUGGGCUCAAAUUAUUCUUUGAACAUGAAGAGACUAAGGGAAUUAUCGUCAUUGGCGAGAUUGGCGGAGAAGCUGAGCUUAGAGCAGCAGAGGCCAUAAGAGAUUACAGAAAAUUGACGCCUAACCCAAAGCCAAUAAUUGCAAUGGUUGCCGGGAGAACGGCGCCGCAAGGCAAAACGAUGGGUCAUGCUGGUGCUAUUCUCUCACCGAGAGAUGUACCUGCCGAUAUUAAAGCAAAGGCACUCGAGGAGGCGGGUGCAAUCGUUGUGCCGCACCCGGGAGUCAUGGGCAAUGAGAUGAGAAGACUCCUCAAUAUGUAG